AUGGUGCCACGCAUAGGCUACAGCACAGUCGAUGCUCUCAAGUGGAAUCAGCCAAUUGAAAGCGUCAGGAAACGCUUCCAGAACGAUCCCAAUGUCAAACUAUAUCUGUACUACAUCGAGUUGGAAACUGGUGAGCAUCCGAUGCUUCCAUUUGAUGGUCAUCAUUUCCUCCGCUCCGGCUCCAAGAUCUCUGGUUUAAACGGUAUUGAGACCAAGGCUGCCUACUACGUUCGCACCGUCAUUCGUAUUACCAACGCUACAUUUCGCUGGCGUAUUCUCGAACAGCCAGACUCACUUAAUCAAUACAGAUUUUAUUAUUGGCGUGAGGUUCACGACUCCAUUCGUUCUUUUCCUCGCGGUAUUGGUUUACCUAAAACACUCAAGCCCAGCAAUGAGGCUUGGGGAAGUCGCGCCGAUAUAACACAUUGUUCGCAGUGCUAG